UCUUGUUUCACUCACCAUAGCGGCAAAGCAACAAUUGUCUUGUAGUCUGCAGCUUCACAAACCACGCAGCGGCGACAGAGUCGAAGCUCCUACGCUAAUCUCAACCCGGACUCGCAAAGCCUUACAAGGGGAGCGUGUACCGAGAACAAUAAAUAUGUUGAACGCUUUUUCUGAUAAUCGAGAAAUGGAGAAGUCAUCAGGAUAUGAUUAUGAAGUAUUUUUGAGCUUCAGAGGACCAGAUACUCAUAAGGACAUUACUGAUUACCUUUACACCAGCUUGAUUGGCACUGGAAUCAGGGCAUAUAAGGACGAUGAAGAGCUCCGGACCGGGGAAGAGAUCGGCAGCCAGCUUCUCCAAGCGAUUGAGCAGUCAAAGAUAUCAAUACCAAUCUUUUCUAAAGGAUAUGCGGACAGUACAUGGUGCCUUAGGGAGUUGGUCAAGAUGGUGGAGAGCAAGAACACAAGGAGACAAAAGAUCAUGCCCAUUUUCUACGAUGUUGCACCGUCUGAGGUAAAAUACCAGACUGACCACUACGGCAAUGCCAUUGUAUCUCAUGCAAACAAGAAGCGAUUUGGUGAUGAGUCUAUCAACAAGUGGAAGGUGGCUCUCAAUGAGGUUGGAGCACUAAAGGGAUGGGACCUCCAAAGCAUGCCAAACAGAGGCAAAGGUGAAUUUGUUAAAGAAGUUAUCGACAAUGUUUUGACUGAGUUGAAAACUGUCUACUUGGAAGUAUCUGAUUGCUUAGUCGAAGUAGACAAUCAUGUGUAUGAAAUCAUGAGGAUGAUAGGUGCACACGACCCUGAAACAAAGAUUGUUGGAAUCCAUGGUAUGGGUGGCAUGGGAAAGACGACUCUUGCCAAAAUAGUGUACAAUCAACUCUCUAAUGAUUUUGUCAAUUGUUACUUCCUUUCUAACAUCCGAGAAACAGAGAUUACGCGCUUGCAGAAUCAGCUCAUAUCGAAUAUUCUGAAAAUAAGAUGGCCUGAUAUCAACAAUAUCAUGGAAGGAAAAAAGGUGAUCAAGGAAAGGUUAUGCUCUAAAAUGGUGCUUCUUUUACUUGAUGAUGUUGACGAAGCAAGUCAACUUGAUGCGCUCUUGCAGAAGCGUGAGUGGUUGGGUAAGGGAAGCAAGAUCAUUAUUACCACUAGAGAUCAAGGGAUUCUCAAUGUGCCUACACUUGUUGAUGGGAGUUAUGAACUUACUGGCAUGGGUUUUGAUCAUUCUCUUCAGCUUUUUAGCAAACAUGCCUUUAGAAGAGAUUAUCCCUUAGAGCAAUACAUCUUUUACUCCCAAAGAGCAGUAAAUAUUUGUGGCGGUCUUCCUUUAGCUCUUGAGGUUAUAGGUUCUCUUUUGUCUGGAAAAAGCAUAGAGGAGUGGGAUACCAUAUUAAAGGAGCUAGAAGAAUUUCCUCAAGAGGAUGUUCAAAGGAAGUUGAUGAUUAGCAUUGAGGCAUUAAAUGAAGAUCUAAGAAAAAUAUUUCUCGAUGUUGCUUGUUUUUUCAUUGGGUUGGAUGAGAGAAUCGUGAUUCACGUGUGGGAAAGUUGUAAACUUUGUCCUCAUCAAUCUCUUGGAAUCCUCCAGCAAAGAUCUUUAAUAAAGAUUAGAGAAGAUAACGAACUGUGGAUGCAUGAUUGGUUGAGAGACAUUGGCAGAAAUCUUAUACAACAAGGAAGUGGUAAGAAACCAGAGAAGCAACAAUGGUUGUGGACUCAUGGGCAAACAUUGGAGGUUCUAGAGAAAAUGCAGAUGGGAGGGGACAAUCAUGGAAUUGGAAGUAUUGAAGCAAUAUGUCUCAAGCUUGAUAAACUAUCUCAAUACUCCUUGAUAAAAGAAUGCCUGGCAAGUUUUUCAAAUCUAAGGUUCCUUCAAGUGGAUAGCCAAGACUUCAAUGGAAACAAAGAGUUUAUCCUUACUCAAGUGGGUCGUUUUCUAUGUUACCAGUGGUCAAAUUUUCUUCCAACCAAAUUUGGCCUAGAGUUGAGAUACCUUUCAUGGCAUUACUUCCCUAUGGUUUUUAACCUGACCAAUUUCUCUCUAAGGAAGCUAGUAAUCCUUGAUCUCUCAAUGAGUGACAUUACGGAAAAUUGGGAUGGAUGGAGUCACAUCAAGGUGGCUAAGAAUUUGAAGGUCAUAAAUCUGACUGGAUGCCAAAAAUUGUAUAAAACUCCGGACUUGUCUUUUCAUGUGAAUUUAGAGCGUCUGAUUCUUGAAAGAUGUGAGAGUUUGGUUCAAAUUGCUCCCUCCAUUAGUAACCUUAAGAAGUUAGUCUUCUUAAACUUGAAGUAUUGUAAUAGUCUCCAAAAGCUACCAAACGAGAUAUGGGCACUGGAAUCUUUAAGGGAACUUCUUCUUGACUACACAUCUGUAAAAGAGAUCCCUGAAUGGAGAAGGAUGAAGAAGCUGGAAAGUCUUAGCUUGGUCAGAUGGAAAUCACUUAAUAAAUACAGUUUCAUAGGUCUCGCAGCAUCAACAGGGAAGCUUUCAUCUGUGGAUAAAAAUUUCACUAAUCAGGAUUUACCUGAUUCAAUUGUGAAUAUGAAGAAUUUGAAAAUACUAAAGAUGAACUUCAGCCUUGUAAGAAAACUACCUGACACCAUUGGAAUGUUGGAGAAGCUUGAAAAGCUCGAGGCUGGGGGUCUAUAUUUGGGAGGAGAAAUUCCUGGUAGUAUUGGAAAGCUACCAUCUCUAAAAACCUUGAUACUGUCUGCCACCAGAAUUUCAGCGGUGCCUAGGCUUCCAGAAAGUCUGAUCACUCUAUGUUUUUAUACACACUCAAUGGAGACGUUGCCCGACCUCUCGAACCUAGUAAAUUUGAGAACUUUGAGUUUGCAAUUGUGGGGUAAUCUCAAGGAUCCUUCUGAACUUGAAAACGCUCCAAGUCCUUGGUGGAUUGGAAGAUUACACAUGCUAGAGGUCUUGGACUUGGGUUCUCCUUGUAUCGCCACCCUCUCUUCUGAUGUUGUUCUUCUUUCUCAGCUGAAGCAACUGGAGCUCCAGUGCCCUAAUUUGCAAUGCCUACCUAGGCUCCCGACAAAUUUGUCAUACUUACUUAUCCAGCAUUGUGGGAGAAUAAAAACAACCAAUGAUCUUUCGAAUUUGAAAGCUUUAUCAUAUUUGGAAGUAUCUGGUUGUGAUGAGCUAAUAGAGAUUCAAGGCCUUGAAGGUUUGGAGAACCUGAGAACAUUAGAGUUUGUGAAACUUCCAUCGUUGGCAAAGUUGCCUAAUCUGACUAACUUGAGGAAGCUCAAGAAAAUUUAUCUAAGGUCUUGUCCUAAGCUGAGUGAGAUCCAAGGUUGUCCAGGAUCUUUGGAGAUACUUCACAUUGAGAACUGUUUAAAUCUGCAAAAGUUGCCUGAUUCAUCAAGUUUCAAGAAUGUAAAAGUUUUGAUUCAAUGAAAUGGACUUGAUUUAUUUACAAUUUACAAACACUCCUUUUUGUAAUGUGCACAUUCUUCUUUUGAGUAUUUCGAAUUAUAUAUGUAUUA